CGUGGUAUACUAUACAUGAAGUAUCUAAUUCGUUAAUGGCCUCAUGGUUCGAUUUCAGAGAGAGCAUUACACAACGGAAGAGAUUGAAGCAAUCUGCUAUACUUGUCAACAAAUUUACCGUACUAGACAAUUAGAAAUGAAAGGAAAAGAACGGAUUUAUUUUGGAAAGUAAAGUGCUUCCAACAUCAAAAAGAUAAUUCCGUAGUCCGAAAUAAUCGUGAUGACUUGUAUCUGUUGAACUAAAUUUAUUCUAACUGGUCAUUUUACAAAGUUUAUCUCCAACCUAACGAACACCAGCAAGUUCAAAACUUAUCACCAAGUUUGAUGAAGGACUACCCAGCAAGUAACAUUCAGUUAAUUUUAUCGACCUAGUCACGUCUGGCCUAUUGGGCGGCAGCUCCGAACCACAAUCAAUAUGAUCAUUGAACAUGUAGAAGCUUUGAGGUCAUGGUUGACCGACAAGUUAAGACCAAUAUGUGAUGCUGAUCCUUCUGCUUUGGCAAAGUAUGUAGUGGCAUUGAUUAAAAAAGAAAAACCAUUGGAUGAGCUUGCUGAUGUUUGUAAUGAUCAGCUUGAUGUCUUCCUUGCAGACGAGACAAAGACAUUUGUUGCUGACCUGUUUGAAGCACUUGAAACAAAAUCUUACUUGCCAAGUAAUAGUUUGAUGAUUCAGCCAACAGCUCAAGCACCAGAGAUCGAACCAGAAGCUCAAACUAGUCCAGAAAAUGCAAUCAAAAAAGAAGCAGAGGCUGAGGUCAGUGAGGCGUUGCUAGACAGUCAAGCUGAUUCUGGAAUAAAUGCUGAAGGUGAGGAGAGAAUUGAUAGCACAGAGAACACUACGCGGGAUAAUGAGGUUGACAGUAAAGAAAAAGAAAAUCUGCCAGAAGAUGGAAGCAAGAAAGGAAUUGUUGAUUUUAAAGAUAAUGAUCUGGAGCGUGGUCAUGUUCGUUCGCAUAGAAAUUGGAGGAGAGAGAAGGAUUUUGAAAGUUCUGUUGACGAAUUCCUAAAUGCAAAGAAGCCAAAAAGUGACUGGGAAAGAAGUGGAUCUCGAGGUCAAGUUGGCAGAAGUAUAUCACCAAAUACAAGAAGAAGCCCAAGGAGGCAGUCACCAGGAAGAAGGCACAGAUCAAGGAGGGACAGAAGAAGAAAAAGCGAGGAAAGAAGAAGUUUGAGAAAAAGAGCAAGAUGUAGGGACUACGACGAGAAAGGUUUCUGUCUCCUUGGCAAUAGCUGUCCUUACGACCACGGCAGAGACCCAGUUGUUGUUGAUGACACAAGUAUACCAAAUAUUCUAAAUAUGCAAGGUCUUCCGCCGGCUCUGUCUGCUCCACCUGUUCCGCCACUAGCCCAAGUCCCGGACAUGUUUCCAGGAAUUUUCCAAAUGCCAGCAACGACGAUUGUUGCAAAUCCGGUAGCCUCAAUACAGUCCGCUGGGCUUAGUUUAGAUACCGGAUUGAAAUUGGUAGUUGGUCAGCAGCGUCCGGUACCUACUGCUUCAGAACUUCCACAGAGCUUGCAGUUAUUUUCUCAGCCACAACCGGCGCUCACAACAAUUCGCCCACUUCUGGAAGAGGGAAAAAAUGAAGAGGGAAAAAAGCAAGCAGAUAAAGUUACUGAGGUUGCCAAGUCAGCUCCUGGUGGGGAAGCAUACAACCCGGAGGAGCCGUCCAUUGGUCUCACGGACACAGGGAAAAAGGCUGCAUCUUGGGCUUCUUCACAAGAGACUGCAAACAUUAGCAACCAUAGUAAAGACAAAUUUGGUGCAACUAAAUUCUACCCACCUGCAUCCAUAACAGCUGAGCAGUUUCUACACAGAAUGUACACUCCAUCUCCACCUCUUGUGCCAACACCCCUUGCAGGGGUAUCAUUACCCGAUGCCGUCAAAUCUAUCCUGCAGCGAAGUGUAAUGGCUGCGCAGGUUUCCGCUUUACCAAUGGUCUCCCCCCUUUCUGUUGCCAGUCUGGCCCCGGUUUCGCAGAUGCAAAAUGUUCCUGCAAGGCGCCCGUUUAUGAACCAGACUAUCCUCGAAAUAAGAAAGAUCCCUAGAGACUCCAAUACUGUGGUCAAGUUAAGUGAAUACUUCCAGAAAUUUGGGUCUAUAGUAAACAUUCAGGUCAACUAUGAAAACGAUCCACAGGCAGCUCUGAUUCAGUUUGCAAGCAAUGCCGAGGCAAGACGGGCCUAUAACUCGCCCGAAGCUGUGCUUGGAAACCGCUUUAUCAAAUUAUUUUGGCACAACAAAACUAAGAACUUGCCGCCAACGUCAAACCAGGCACAGCUUUCUGUAUCGCACAAUGCCACUUCAAAUGUCGCUUCUACUACGGAGUCAAAUAUACCGCCCACAAGUGAUAUUCAGACUAAACGGCCUAAAUUGCCCUCCACUGGUCAGACAACUUAUGUCAACCCACAGAACACACCAGAGGCAUUACAGAAGAAACAAGCCGAGAUGAAAAAGGAAGCUUUGAAGAAAAAGUUAGAAAUUCAGAAGCAAAGAAGAUUGCUUCUUGAAAAGCAGAUCAAAGAGCAAAAGGUGUUGAUAACAAAACUUGAGAAGACGAAGAACAUGAGUGCCAGCGAAAAGCAGCUUCUUAUGACUGCUUUGAAAACGUUAACGAUUAGCAUUGAGAAACUUCGAACAGAUUUAGAGUCUCAGACCAAAGCCAGCAAACCAAUGUCCAAGGAAGAUAUGCAAAAAGAAAUACUAGACCGUGAUAUCGAGCUUUACAACAAGCAAUUCACCGGAGAAGAUCCAGCUGUUUAUAAAAACGCUUUGGCUGAACCACCAAUGGAGGGUAAUAGCCAUCUGGCUUCAAAUCAGAGACCUCCUGGAAGAGGGCGGGCCAGAGGAAGAGGCAGGGGUGCAUUUGCUGGCCGUGGACGGGGGUUCAAUCCAAACAAUAUGAAUCAAUCAGGAACAAGCGCAGUCGUGGAUAACCGCCCAAAACAGAUCCUUGUUGCAGGAUUUGAAGAACAAGAUAAGCAGGCAGUUGUAGCACAGUUUGCAAGCUAUGGUGAGAUAGACAAAGUGGAUGUGAAGCCGGGUGGUAAAUUAGUUCUGUCAUUCCAUACACGAAAACAAGCCGAAAUAGCCGCUACAAAGGCAGCCCUUUUUAAUGGAAAACGUUUAGUUCUCGCUUGGUACAACGCAGCCCAGGCCGUCAAACGUGGCUCUGCUUCAACCCCAGACGAUAAACCUGCAAAGGUACAAAAAAGGCAGACCAGGAAAUCUUCAAUUAACAGUCUGCUUGGUGACGAUACCAAGGAAGAUAGUUUGCUUGGCGAUCUUGAAGAACGAGACGCUGAUCUGUUUUUGUUGGAAGAAGACGAAGAAGAAGACGAGGAGAGGUCCUGGAAAAGAUGAACAAGAAACAGCCUUAGCUCAAAGAACGCUUCAAAACAAGUAUAUUAUCAAUUAGUUGUAAUAUAGUCUUUGGUACUCUUAUCGUUGGUGUAGUAAAAACCUUUUUGGCCUACGGUUAUGUAUGAUGUACCUCAAUCAACGUAGAAUAUUGGUUGCUUUACCAUUGACAAUAUUCCAUAAAAGCCCAGCUUUGAAUAACGAAAACCUUAAGUUAUUUCCAGGAAACUUAUUCGAUCCAUCUACUGGUGAAAAUGCUUUGUAUCAUAAAAGAGAAGUUAUUAAUUUCUCCUGAUUGCGUGCAAAAAGGCUUUGUUUAUGAAAAGGAAUCCAUUACUGAUUGUAGAGGGAAAAACUGAAUUAGGUUCCCUAUCUGUUAAUUCUCAACUAAAUUAUCUUUGAAAACAUAUUGCUGCUGCAGAACAAAUGUUUAUUUUUGAAUGAUAUUAUUUGGUUGAAUUUCGGUUGCCACUUUAUCUGAACAUGCCAGUUAUCGGUCCAAGCUUUUUUAAGAAUCGUUGUGUCCUUGUACAACAUUUACGUUUUGAGGUACUUUGGUUGAACGUGCGUUUGGA